AUGCUCCACGAGUACGAAGACGAUGAUAGAAGAGAUCCCAAUGCCACUUCUCUGCAGAUCCGUAUGCUGCUGUCGACGAGCUUUCAACAACACAGUGGAGAGACUGGUCUAGCAUGGCAUAUUGUGGGUGAAGCCGGGCUCAUAGCCCGGCGGAUGCGACUGCACAGUGAGAGUGUUGUCAGCCAGUACAGCCCGUUAGAAGCAGCCAUGCUUCGGAAUGCAUUCUGGUCCCUUUAUAUGGCUGACGCGGCGGCAGAAUGUAUGCAGAAUCGGGGUCUUGUCCUCCACGAGCCUUUGUUCGAUACAGAGAUGGACCUUUUGGAAGGAACGCACCAGGUUCCACUGAUGGGUGCUGGAAAGACGAAUACAGUAGGCCCAUUUGAACAGAGCCUCUCCCAGAGCUUCCACCAGAUACGAAGAACCUGGGAACUGGCGGCGCGAUUGAUGCGGGCAAUUCGCGCUGCUGGACGGGCCUCGAGGAACAUCGACCCUCAACUGUCAACGGAAUGCAACAAAUCGCAAGUCUCGCCCUCAUGUACUCUCGGUUCGCAGCAUCCCUCGAUGAUAUGCCACAUGUUCUACAGCCGCCAGUAG